AUGCCACCAGGUCUCGGGAAUAAGAACAAGGGCAAAGGCCGCGAGCCUAGAGGUUCCAGGAGCCGGAAUACCACACCCAGCUCUGCGCUCAGCACAAGCGCCAGCACAGUUACCGGGAUUGGCCUAUCCACGGGCUACCUCGAUAAUGAUGUCUCCAAGCUGCUCGUGCCGACUGGCGUACAGUAUUCCGACGUUCUCGAGAAAUUUGGAGGAGUAGGUCAGAUUCCGGAUCAGAGAACACUCGAAUCCCUGGUAGAACAAUUGAAGACUUUAGGGCAGCUUGCAGAGACCAGAGAAGAUGCAUGCAAUGCUGGCAUGAGAGAGCUGUCGCAAAAGCGAAAAGAGGUGCUAGAAGAGCAGAGAGAACGGGAACAAGUGGAUCGGGACGCUGAAGAGAAACUACGAAUGAAAAGGGAGGCAGAUGAUGAUGAAGAGGAUUCACGGAUUCUUAAGGGAGGUAGAAUAAAAAAGCGGAAAGAAAAAAUCGUCCCGAAGGAGGAGAGACCGCUCUCCCAUGGUGCCCAUGGUGUUGCAAGACAGGAUGGACCUGAAGGGAAAGUUGAUGACGCCCCUGUUGGCUCACCUAAAAGGGUACGAAAUCAACCGUCAAGCGCAUCAUCUCUGUCUCCACCGUCUUUCCAUUCGCCUCCCCCUGCUACUGCUGGUUCAACCGCAGGAAGUCCCGAGUCCGUGGACAGUUCAGAAUCCCAUCAACCGGAACCUGCUCCCGCCGUCCAUCAAUAUCAAGUUUUUGGGCCCGACCCUUUACAAUUUGACGACCCUACGGUAUACCAUAUUCGAGAAGUCACGCCCAAUAUGUCAGUUGAAGAGAAGAAAAAGAUAUAUAGCGUUGCAAGCUUCCCUGAAUCCGACUUGAAGCAUUUAAUGGCUGGGGAACCACCGGACAAGGAUUUUAGCAAUGCGAAACCCACGAACCAAGUCAGCGCCAAUACUUUUGCUACAUACCUAGAACCAUAUGUCCGACCCCUUACAGAGGAGGACAUAGCUUUCUUAAAGGAAAAGGGCGAUCGUGCUACUCCCUUCCUAAUGCCCCGUCGUGGGAAAAAACAUUAUAGUGACAUUUGGGCUGAAGAGGAUGGUAUAAAUAUAGACUCAAUAAACCAGGACCGAGACAAGUUGCCCCUAAAUCAGGGUAGGGGUAGUAUUGACCAGAUCACAGAUGAGACCUGUGAGACGGACCAAGUUUCAGUUCCUCCUAUGCUCAGUCGAUUAUACUCUCUUUUACGUUACGAGCAUCGUACCCUUCCUGAUGAUGCAGGUCAGCCUGGGAACGAAGAGUCAACUGCAAACGGAAACACAAAUGCUGACGGCUCAAUGGAUAUUGACCAGCAAAAUGGAGACACAGAGCCAAAGCAGCUAAGUUCAGCCACCUCAUUCCCUGAAUCUUCCUUAAGCGGAUUCAAGGUUCCAGCCGCCAAGCUAGACCAUGCCCAGCUUGACGAACGAUUAAAGGCAGAGCCUCGGUACAUCGGCUUCCUGGGGCCUGAGGACAAUCCAGACUAUGAUGCCCACUAUGAUGACGAUAUCGCCGAACGGCUCCGCAUCCUUCAAUCAGAGCUUAAGAAACAAAUGAUCAUUAACGGCGCACGGAAAACUCGCUUACUAGAUAUUGCUCGCGAGCGGUUGGCUUAUCAGGAAUACAGCACCAUACUCGAUGACCUUGACACUCAGGUACAACAGGCAUAUCUUAAACGAACACGUACUCUGGGCAAGAGCAAGAAAGGCUCUCAUGCGAAACAUAGGCCUGGUGGUGCAGGUGGAGGCAGUCAUCCUGUUAGCACGGCUGGUGUUGGCAGGCCUGGGAUUGGUGACAUGGCCCGUACCCUUAUGGACCGUCGCAAGAGAUGGAUCGAUUGCAUUGGUCCGGUCUUUAAGGACUGCAAGUCCACUGUGCCUGGUAAAGACGAGACUGUCUGGGAGCCUACGGCCAUGGCAGAUUUAGAGAAAGCAGAAUUGGAAGGAUGGGAUGAAGAGCAAGAGUGA